GUUUUUACAUCGUGAAACAUCUUUCUUCAAACUAAUUCAAGAUGGCAGCUUGCGUACGACAAGGAGUGCUGCUCCUUUUGUUGGUAUUGCUAUGUUUUUCUACACAAAUAGCUGCCCAGGAACGAGCUCUUAUGUGUAACCAUUUCCAGAGCUGCUUUACCAUGUCCCCGGUGUGUGUUUACCUGUUCUACUAUUACCAGUGUACACAGGAUCCCAUCAAACGUGAAACGGAUCCCCCGUGUGGCCUAAGUUCAAAGACCGGGAACGCGUCUCGGUACGCCAUGCCUCGUGUUGUGGGUGGCAUUGAUGCCGAAGAAAAGGAGUUCCCUUGGACAGUUUACUUGGAAGAACGGUUUACCUUAAGAUUGUGUGCCGGUUCCAUCAUUGAUAAACGACACAUCGUCACUGCCUCUCACUGUGUAGGAUCUCUGAAAGACAACCCUGAGAGGCUUAGAGUUGGUUAUGGCUCCAUUCAGAGAAGGAGACUCAGUAAUAUAACUGCCGAAAAAAUCGACGCCCACCCACUCUACAACAUAACUAACAAGGACAAUGACAUCGCCGUUGUAAGGCUUAGUGAGGAUUUACCCCUGAGUGCCAGUACAAAUUUAAGAAGCGUGUGUCUACCUGAGCCGGGGACUUCCUACACAGCUGGCUCUGGGUGCCUCAUCACUGGAUGGGGGACGCUCCUGGAUGGCGGUUUCACAUUUCCUGAUAUUCUACAGAAGGCAUACGUGCCCUUGUUCCCCCUUGACCUUUGUCAAAGGUCAUAUGCAGACAACGACUAUAUACUGGUAUCAAACAGGCAGCUGUGUGCUGGGUACUUCAGAGAAGGGGGAGUAGACGCAUGCAAGGGUGACUCUGGUGGACCCCUAUUUUGCCCGGUGGGGGGAAAGAUGGGUUUUGUACGGCGUGGUGUCAGUGGCAGAGGGGUGUGCAAAGCCAGGCUUUCCAGGGGUGUAUGCCUUCGUGCCUCAGCAUGUCGACUGGAUAAACUCAAUCAGGAAUUAAUGUUAUUUAUAAAUAUGUGAGAUGUAUUAUAUUUUCUCUGGCUGACUAAACUUGCAGUUGGCGUUCACGAAAUGUAAUGUAAUCUUCCUUACAUUUUGCUACGUAAGGCAUGAGAGAAUUGUACUUUUAACCUGAAAUCUUGGAAUUUCUAACGGAUUUUGAAUAAUAUUCAUGUUACAUAAGAAUUGUUGUUUCUUCGAAUGUGUACAUAUACACUCUGAAUCACUUGAAUAAAUUACAUUGAAGGAG